CCAACCCAAAACGCGGUCCGAAAACUCACCUGAUGACGUAAUGGGCUUGAAGUAGGAAACCGACCUAGAUCCAUCCCGGAGAGCUGUUCCUGCUCCUCUGCUAUUGCCUUGAAGAACGAAAGAACUAUUAACCUUUUCCUCUUAGUUUCCUUCCUCUUCUCGAGCUGCGAUUUUGAACUCGAGGGAAUCGAGGGUGAAGACAGUGCUGGCGCGAAAAAAUGGCAUCGGAGGAUGAAGGAGAGUUUUACCUUCGUUAUUACGUCGGCCACAAGGGGAAAUUCGGUCACGAGUUCUUGGAGUUCGAGUUCCGGCCCGACGGCAAGCUGCGGUACGCCAAUAAUUCCAACUACAAGAACGACACCAUGAUCCGCAAGGAGGUCUUCCUCUCCCCCGCGGUUCUCAAGGAGUGCCGCCGCAUCAUCUCGGAGAGCGAGAUCAUGAAGGAAGACGAUAACAACUGGCCGGAACCUGAUCGGGUUGGACGUCAAGAGCUUGAGAUAGUGAUGGGGAACGAGCACAUUUCCUUCACUACCUCCAAAAUCGGUUCACUUGUUGAUGUACAGAGCAGUAAAGACCCUGAAGGGCUUCGCAUCUUCUACUAUCUUGUUCAGGAUCUGAAAUGCUUUGUGUUCUCCCUCAUCUCGCUUCACUUCAAGAUCAAGCCCAUCUAGUUCACAUUGUGUAUGGCGUCGGCUGGGAUUCUGCAACCAAGUUUUUGGUGCGUCUAAUUCUGUUUCGUUUGAUCUCUUUGAAAAUAGUGGUGGUUAUUGGAGCUUUGAGAUAGUUGUUUACUGUGGUGAAAGCAUGGGGACUUGUUGUACCGUUGUGCGUGAGUGGACUUUGUCUUUGAGGGAGCUUCAGACUAGAACUAUGCUGUCAUAUAUGUGAGUCCCUCCAUAUUAUUUGACAUCUCUCUAAUGUAAAACUGAAAAGACCAGAUCUCUCUUAUUAUGCCAAAAACCUGGUUCAACCAGUUGAAAGUUCCUCCUAUACAGCGUCAAAACUCUGCUAGUUUUACAAAGGAACUGUAUCAAUCGGAU